AUGGAAGAGCGACUGUGUGUCUUGCAAGGUUAUGAGUUGAAAGGAGCUUAUAGGUUAUCUCCAUACACCAAGACGAGCUUUCCUGAGAAUUUCCAGGAGCCUGAGUUCACAAGAAAGUAUGACGGAACGGGAUGCCCAAGGACCCACCUUAGGUAUUACAUGAGAAAAAUGGCUCGCUAUGCUGACAACGUGCCAUUUCUCAUACACACAUUCCAAGAUAGUUUGGAAGGCAUUGCCCUGACGUGGUUCAUUGCACUGGACAUUGAAGAAUUCACUAGUUGGGACGACUUAACCAAUGAGUUCUUACAACAAUACCGGUUUAACACUGAGCUUGCCCCCACGAGGGAGGAGUUGACUCGCGUUGAGAAGAAGAGGAAUGAGUCAUUCAAGGCCUUCGCGCAAAGGUGGAGGACCAUGGCCUCACAAGUGAAGCCGGCCUUGAAUGAGAGGGAGAUGAAGCAGCUGUUCCUCAAGACAUUGCCCUCUGAAUACUUCCAAGGGUUAGUAUUCUCGGGUUGCCAAACAUUUUCACAGCUAGUUGAGGUAGGUGAAGGAGUUGAAUGGGCAAUGGUUGAAGGAAAGAUUUCAAUCGGAGGCGCGAAGAAAUUUCCAGUAAGAAAAGAUAAAGAGGCCGCAAUUGAAGUAGCACUUGUGCAAGAUCCUCAUUUCCCUCGGCCAACCCCAGCACCCGCACACAAGCCUACGAUGGUUUUAGGUAGUUCAUCAUAA